UUAAAACUCUGUCUUAAAAAUUUUACUUCCGGAACCAGAGCCGUUCAAAAAGACAAAGACCAGUGUUCUGAUGUUCUCAAAGAGUACCUGGAUCAUAUUCUCUCGGCCAACAAAGAGGAGAAGACAAAGGGAAGCUGGACUACUUGGCAGAUGCAGGCCCGUUUCACAGGGGACAGUGAUGCACUAUCUAGUUUAGAUUGAGUUGAUGAAUGCAGCAUCCCUCCCUCCACAAAGAAAGCAAACAAAGAACCAUUCAUUUGAGGGUUGCUGAGUUAUAAUUUCGAUAUGCAUAAAUAGGCUUUGGGAAAAAUUAUGGAUCGCACUUGAGACUUGACUCCACGUCUUGAGAGGUGGAUUGGAUUUUCUGUCCCAAUAUUCUGAGGGGUCUCUCUGCUACUUCGUGCUUCUGUGAGUUUUGAAGGUCCGGCCCAUCAAGAUGGGAGCAAGGAGCCUGAUAGUGCUGCUGCUUAUCCACACAGUUGCCAGGACAUGCUCAGCACAAGUCAACAACCAAGCCACUAUGGGAGAAGUCCGUCUGGUCAAUGGAGGGAGCAGCUCCUGCUCUGGCAGGGUGGAGAUCUUUAUCCAGGGCCAGUGGGGCACAGUUUGUGACGAUGGCUGGGGCCUUCCAGAUGCCCAGGUGGUGUGUAGGCAGCUGGGCUGUGGGAAUGCACUGUUUGCAUCACAAGAAGCCCAUUUUGGACCUGGCCAAGGGCCCAUCUUCUUGGAUGACAUCAACUGUAGCGGGAAUGAAUCAAACCUCACACAGUGUGGCCACAGGGGGCUGGGGUCCCACAACUGCCGUCACCAUGAAGAUGCUGGUGUUGUCUGUGAAGGUGAAACGACAGAAAACUCUGUGGCUGAUGGUGAAGUCCGUCUGGUCAAUGGAGGGAGGAGCUCCUGCUCUGGCAGGGUGGAGAUCUUUAUCCAGGGCCAGUGGGGCACAGUUUGUGACGAUGGCUGGGGCCUUCCAGAUGCCCAGGUGGUAUGUAGGCAGCUGGGCUGUGGGAGGGGGCUGUCUGCAGAAGCCAGAGCCCGUUUUGGACCAGGACAAGGGCCCAUCUUCUUGGAUGACAUCAACUGUAGCGGGAAUGAAUCAAACCUCACACAGUGUGGCCACAGUGGGCUGGGGUCCCACAACUGCGAUCACCAUGAAGAUGCUGGUGUUGUCUGUGAAGGUGAAACGACAGAAAACUCUGUGGCUGAUGGUGAAGUCCGUCUGGUCAAUGGAGGGAACAGCUCCUGCUCUGGCAGGGUGGAGAUCUUUAUCCAGGGCCAGUGGGGCACAGUUUGUGACGAUGGCUGGGGCCUUCCAGAUGCCCAGGUGGUGUGUAGGCAGCUGGGCUGUGGGAGGGGGCUGUCUGCAGAAGCCAGAGCCCGUUUUGGACCAGGACAAGGGCCCAUCUUCUUGGAUGACAUCAACUGUAGCGGGAAUGAAUCAAACCUCACACAGUGUGGCCACAGGGGGCUGGGGUCCCACAACUGCGGUCACCAUGAAGAUGCUGGUGUUGUCUGUGAAGGUGAAACGACAGAAAACUCUGUGGCUGAUGGUGAAGUCCGUCUGGUCAAUGGAGGGAGGAGCUCCUGCUCUGGCAGGGUGGAGAUCUUUAUCCAGGGCCAGUGGGGCACAGUUUGUGACGAUGGCUGGGGCCUUCCAGAUGCCCAGGUGGUGUGUAGGCAGCUGGGCUGUGGGAGGGGGCUGUCUGCAGAAGCCAGAGCCCGUUUUGGACCAGGACAAGGGCCCAUCUUCUUGGAUGACAUCAACUGUAGCGGGAAUGAAUCAAACCUCACACAGUGUGGCCACAGUGGGCUGGGGUCCCACAACUGCGAUCACCAUGAAGACGCUGGUGUUGUCUGUGAAGGUGAAACGACAGAAAACUCUGUGGCUGAUGGUGAAGUCCGUCUGGUCAAUGGAGGGAGCAGCUCCUGCUCUGGCAGGGUGGAGAUCUUUAUCCAGGGCCAGUGGGGCACAGUUUGUGACGAUGGCUGGGGCCUUCCAGAUGCCCAGGUGGUGUGUAGGCAGCUGGGCUGUGGGAAUGCACUGUUUGCACCACAACAAGCCUUUUUUGGACCUGGCCAAGGGCCUAUAGGAUUGGAUGAUAUCCACUGCAUCGGCCACGAAUCAAUCCUCACACAGUGUGGCCACAGUGGGCUGGGGUCCCACAACUGCGGUCACCAUGAAGACGCUGGUGUUGUCUGUGAAGGUGAAACGACAGAAAACUCUGUGGCUGAUGGUGAAGUCCGUCUGGUCAAUGGAGGGAACAGCUCCUGCUCUGGCAGGGUGGAGAUCUUUAUCCAGGGCCAGUGGGGCACAGUUUGUGACGAUGGCUGGGGCCUUCCAGAUGCCCAGGUGGUGUGUAGGCAGCUGGGAUGUGGGAGGGGGCUGUCUGCAGAAAGCAGAGCCCGUUUUGGACCAGGACAAGGGCCCAUCUUCUUGGAUGACAUCAACUGUAGCGGGAAUGAAUCAAACCUCACACAGUGUGGCCACAGUGGGCUGGGGUCCCACAACUGCGAUCACCAUGAAGACGCUGGUGUUGUCUGUGAAGGUGAAACGACAGAAAACUCUGUGGCUGAUGGUGAAGUCCGUCUGGUCAAUGGAGGGAACAGCUCCUGCUCUGGCAGGGUGGAGAUCUUUAUCCAGGGCCAUUGGGGUACAGUUUGUGACGAUGGCUGGGGCCUUCCAGAUGCCCAGGUGGUGUGUAGGCAGCUGGGCUGUGGGAGGGGGCUGUCUGCAGAAAGCAGAGCCCGUUUUGGACCAGGACAAGGGCCCAUCUUCUUGGAUGACAUCAACUGUAGCGGGAAUGAAUCAAACCUCACACAGUGUGGCCACAGGGGGCUGGGGUCCCACAACUGCGGUCACCAUGAAGACGCUGGUGUUGUCUGUGAAGGUGAAACGACAGAAAACUCUGUGGCUGAUGGUGAAGUCCGUCUGGUCAAUGGAGGGAACAGCUCCUGCUCUGGCAGGGUGGAGAUCUUUAUCCAGGGCCAGUGGGGCACAGUUUGUGACGAUGGCUGGGGCCUUCCAGAUGCCCAGGUGGUGUGUAGGCAGCUGGGCUGUGGGAGGGGGCUGUCUGCAGAAGCCAGAGCCCGUUUUGGACCAGGACAAGGGCCCAUCUUCUUGGAUGACAUCAACUGUAGCGGGAAUGAAUCAAACCUCACACAGUGUGGCCACAGUGGGCUGGGGUCCCACAACUGCGAUCACCAUGAAGACGCUGGUGUUGUCUGUGAAGGUGAAACGACAGAAAACUCUGUGGCUGAUGGUGAAGUCCGUCUGGUCAAUGGAGGGAGCAGCUCCUGCUCUGGCAGGGUGGAGAUCUUUAUCCAGGGCCAGUGGGGCACAGUUUGUGACGAUGGCUGGGGCCUUCCAGAUGCCCAGGUGGUGUGUAGGCAGCUGGGCUGUGGGAAUGCACUGUUUGCACCACAACAAGCCUUUUUUGGACCUGGCCAAGGGCCUAUAGGAUUGGAUGAUAUCCACUGCAUCGGCCACGAAUCAAUCCUCACACAGUGUGGCCACAGUGGGCUGGGGUCCCACAACUGCGGUCACCAUGAAGACGCUGGUGUUGUCUGUGAAGGUGAAACGACAGAAAACUCUGUGGCUGAUGGUGAAGUCCGUCUGGUCAAUGGAGGGAACAGCUCCUGCUCUGGCAGGGUGGAGAUCUUUAUCCAGGGCCAGUGGGGCACAGUUUGUGACGAUGGCUGGGGCCUUCCAGAUGCCCAGGUGGUGUGUAGGCAGCUGGGCUGUGGGAAUGCACUGUUUGCACCACAACAAGCCUUUUUUGGACCUGGCCAAGGGCCUAUAGGAUUGGAUGAUAUCCACUGCAUCGGCCACGAAUCAAACCUCACACAGUGUGGCCACAGUGGGCUGGGGUCCCACAACUGCGAUCACCAUGAAGAUGCUGGUGUUGUCUGUGAAGGUGUAACGACAGAAAACUCUGUGGCUGAUGGUGAAGUCCGUCUGGUCAAUGGAGGGAACAGCUCCUGCUCUGGCAGGGUGGAGAUCUUCAUCUGGGGCCAGUGGGGCACAGUUUGUGACGAUGGCUGGGGCCUUCCAGAAGCCCAGGUAGUGUGUAGGCAGCUGGGAUGUGGGAGGGUGCUGUCCGCAGAAGCCAGAGCCCGUUUUGGACAAGGACAAGGGCUCAUCCUCUUGGAUGAUGUCAACUGUAGCGGGAAUGAAUCAAACCUCACACAGUGUGGCCACAGUGGGCGGGGGUCCCACAACUGCGGUCACCAUGAAGACGCUGGUGUUAUCUGUGAAGAUACAACUCGACAUAUUGGCUCAAACCUAUCCGUUGAUCCAACGCCGGAGGCGAGCGCUGUACUUGAUGUUCUUCAGUGAUGGUUGAUCAACCGAAGCUGUUCCUCCAAGACCUUCCAGAGCUCCAAAUGAACCACGGUGAAGGGGACCCGCUGUGAGCUGGCCGUGUACAAUGCUUCACUAAAGCUCCUUAUUAUUUGUAGAACAUGGUGGCUUACUUCUGUGUGUAUAUAGUUAUAGUGAAGAGGCUGAAAUGAUGAGUCUCGCAUAAUCAGCUUAAAUAAAUAUUUACAAUUUCCGUUCCAGUUUCUCUGCUGAGCACAAACUUGGGCAAUGCCAACACUGAAAACUCAUCAUGUGUUUUACUUUUUAUCAUUUGGCUCAUGUCCUCAUGCAUAGUCAUGAAAGCACUGCUGUCAAUGCCACGUUAGCUGCCAACAACUCGGCAUAUAUGACCUACAUACACUUACCAAGUGCUGAUAUACAAUUCAUCUGAUAACCUUUAAAAUCGAGAAACAUGUUUCAUUUUACAUACAUAAGUACACAUACAAAGUAUGUAUACCUACUAAUACAUACGUAGACAAAGUAUACGUGCGUACACAUACAUAGUAUGUGUACAUAUACAGACUAAUACAUACAAGGACAAACAAACAUAU